AUGAGGCGCAAUCCUGAAAAGCGCGUAAUGCAAAUGAUGGAGGAAGAUGAUCCUUUGACUUUUGUUCAUGUGGACGAGAAUGAUGAUACUCGCAAUAUACCCAAAUUCUGUACUCAAUUCUAUAAUCCUGGAUUAGGUGAUGCCAGCCUCGAAAAGUUCUACUAUAGUCUUAAGGACAAAACGUGCUUGCCUUUCCUCUAUGGCGGUGCUGAGGGGAACAAGAAUCGUUUCGACUCUUUCGAUGACUGCAUGCGUGUCUGCAAUGUGAACUACAAUGUGGAGUCAUACUAA